CCCACCGGCACGGCCAUGCUGCGGGCGCGCUGGGCGCUGCCGUUCGCGGUGGGCGCGGGGCUGGGGGCGGCCCUGGCCCCCCGGCACCGCCGGGAUUCCCCGGAUCCGCGGGGCGAGGCGGCCGAAGGGCUGCUGGCCCGGCUGCCCGUGCUGCCCGCCGUGGCCGCGGCCACGACCGGCCUGCCGGCCCCGCCGGGCUCGGGGCGCACCGAGCUCAGCAAGUACGGGCUGCCCGGGCUGGCGCAGCUGCGGAGCCGCGAGUCCUACGUGCUGUGCUACGACCCGCGGAGCCGCAGCGCGCUCUGGGUCAUCGAGCAGCUCAACCGGGACACGCUGAGCGGCGCCUCUGACCGCGCCGCCUGCGACUUCCAGGAGGACGACUCGGUGCACGAGUAUCACCGCGCCACCAACGCCGACUACCGCGGCAGCGGCUUCGACCGCGGGCACCUGGCGGCGGCCGCCAACCACAAGUGGAGCCAGAAGGCCAUGCGGGACACGUUCUACCUGAGCAACAUCGCCCCGCAGAAUCCUCACUUAAACCAGAAUGCCUGGAAUAACCUUGAGAAGUACUGCAGGAGCUUGGCAAAGCACAACAGGAAUGUUUAUGUCUGCACAGGACCCCUCUUCCUGCCCAGGACAGAGGCUGAUGGGAAGAUGUAUGUCAAGUACCAGGUGAUUGGGAAGAACAACGUGGCUGUCCCCACCCACUUCUUCAAGGUGCUCAUCUUGGAAAAGGAGAGUGGGGAGAUCGAGCUGCGCUCGUAUGUGAUGCCCAACAGCCCCGUGGAUGAGAAAAUCCCCCUGGAACGGUUCCUGGUCCCCAUCGAGAGCAUCGAGAGAGCCUCGGGGCUGCUCUUUGUCCCAAACAUCCUGAGGAGAACAAGUAACUUGAAAGCCAUCACAGCUGGGAGCAAGAGUUGAACCCUGACUAAGCAAAUCCAGGCAUCCCCUGGGAAGGGACUGAGAGCAGUGACCCACAGAAUCAUAGUUCCUUGUGCAAUUUUAAAUGUGGGAAGAAUCAAACCAAUGCUUCUUUCUACCCCUUCCCCUCUUUUGUGUGACAGUGAAACACAAACACAACGCACAGCAGAUCUCCAGGGAGGUCCUCCAAAGACUCCUGGGCACUUGACACUGUAGCAGCUCUCUAGACUAGAAUUUGUCCCUAAUCCACUGCUCCCCUGGAGUUAUGUGAAGCUCCUUAGAGCACAUAGGGAAGUUACUAAUUUUUGCUGUUUAUCAGGGAAGGAUGGGAAGCAAGAUGGGUACAGUGGGAGGAGAGGAGAAGUUCCUGCCUUCCUGUGGCCAAAGGAUUGUGUGAUUGUUUUCUUUCAGAAGAUGGUUUUAGCAGUAAAGCUUUGACCACCCAUGGUA